UUUCCUGAUCCGGCCUCCAGCUGCGCGCCGACCUGGGCACCAUGCAGUCAGAUGAUGUUAUCUGGAAUACGCUAGGAAACAAGCAAUUCUGUUCCUUCAAAAUAAGAACCAAGACUCAGGGCUUUUGCAGGAAUGAAUACAGCCUGACUGGCCUGUGUAAUCGGUCAUCCUGUCCCCUGGCAAACAGUCAGUAUGCCACAAUCAAAGAAGAGAAAGGACAAUGUUACCUGUACAUGAAGGUCAUAGAACGAGCAGCUUUUCCUAGGCGUCUCUGGGAACGGGUGCGACUUAGUAAAAACUAUGAGAAAGCACUGGAACAAAUAGAUGAAAAUUUAAUUUAUUGGCCCCGCUUUAUUCGACACAAAUGUAAGCAGAGAUUUACCAAGAUAACACAGUAUCUAAUUCGAAUUAGAAAGCUUACACUAAAGCGACGGAGGAAACUUGUUCCUUUGAGUAAGAAGGUUGAAAGAAGGGAGAAAAGGAGAGAGGAAAAAGCACUGAUAGCUGCUCAGCUGGACAAUGCUAUUGAGAAGGAGUUACUGGAGAGACUGAAACAGGAUACGUAUGGCGACAUCUACAACUUCCCUAUCCAUGCCUUCGACAAGGCCCUGGAGCAACAGGAGGCAGAGAGUGACUCUUCAGAGGAUGAAGAAGAUGAAGAGAAUGUAGGAAAAAGAGAAUUUGUGGAAGAUGAUGAGGUAGAUGAAAGUGACCUAAGUGAUUUUGAGGAUAUGGAUAAUUUGGACGCCAGCAGUGAUGAAGACCAGGAAGACAAGUCCUCCAGUGAAGAGGAACAGGCUCUUAAUACAAAACACAAAGGCAAAGCACCCUUGAAAGGACAACAGCAGAGAAAACGAGCCUAUGUAGAAAUUGAGUACGAGCAGGAGACAGAGCCCAUGGGCAAAACCAAAGCCACAUGAUCAACCUUCAGACAUAGUAGUGGACAUUGAGAAUUUCUACCUUAAACAGUCACACCUCCAAUCUUUGCUCUUUUGUCUUGCUCAUAUUCGUUAUUUCAGUGGAACAAGAAAUCUGAAGUAAGUGGAAGAAAGCCUUAAUUUGUGGAAUAUUUUUGUAGCUUACAUGUUCAAGCAACAGCUUAAGCCCAAGAAAUUUACUUGUAUAUUGUUUGUUGUUUUCUGAGACAUUUAGUCCAGACUGGCCUCAAACUUCCUACAUAGUCAAAGAUGACUUUGGAUUUUGUUUCAUUUUUAUUUGAGAGAGAGAAAAGUCAGAUAGAGAAUGGGUGUGCCAGUGUCUCCAGCUGGUGCAAACAAACUCCAGAUGCAUGCACCCCCUUGUGCAUCUCUUAGGUAGGU